AUGGCUCGGUUUUCCAAGCCCGUUUUCUGGGCUCUGUUCCUGCUGGUGCAGCUCAGCAUCGCAUCCUCGGUGGCCGAGAAGCUCGCAUCAGCAAGCAAGCCCGUUGCUAACCUGAGUCUCGAUGAGAUCGAGGAGCAGCUGCAGCAAUGCUCCGUGGUGCAGAGCCUCACGGCCGAUAAGCUGGCCAAGCUGGACGAUACGCCAUCCCUCCUCUCCCGCGCCUUCGGCGUGCUCUUCCCCGGCAGCCCUGCCGUCAAUGCUAUUCUCGCGACGCUGUACAUCUCCGGCCCGCCCAACUUCCUCCUGGCCCUCUGCCCUCCGAACAUCGAUCCCUCCUCGCUGUCCGUCAUGGUCGCCUUCGCCGUCGGUGGCCUGAUGGGAGACACCUUGUUCCACCUCCUGCCCGAGAUUUUCCUCGGCGAGGACGAGCCGGAUCGCGCCCGUCUCGUCCUUGUGGAGCCGAACAGGAACCUGCUGCUGGGCGUCGCCAUUCUCGUCGGUUUCAUGACGUUCGUGGCCAUGGACAAGGGGCUGAGGAUCGCGACGGGCGGCGAGGGACACUCACACGAUCACGGACAUGCGCACUCCCACGGCGAGGCCAAGGCCGAGGGUGUGUCGUCGGCUGUGGAAAAGGCCGGGGAGCUCAAGUCACGGAAGAAGAAGGCCGAUGAGGGUUCCAACGGCGCUGUGGAGAAGACGGAGAAGGAGAUCAACCCCAGCGUGAAGCUUGGAGGCUACCUUAAUCUCAUCGCCGAUUUCACACACAACAUCACUGACGGCUUGGCCAUGUCGGCAAGCUUCUACGCAUCCCCUACUAUUGGCGCAACGACGACGGUCGCGGUCUUCUUCCACGAGAUCCCGCACGAGGUCGGCGACUUUGCUUUGCUUGUCCAGUCCGGCUUCAGCAAGCGGGCGGCGAUGGGCGCGCAGUUUGUGACUGCACUCGGUGCCAUGCUCGGUACUCUGAUUGGUAUUGCGAUCCAAGAGCUUGGGGGCGGUUCCGGCGAGGAUGCCAUGGCGCGUAACGCGGGGCUCUGGGGAACUAGCUUGACCUGGGGAGAUUUGCUCCUUCCCUUCACCGCUGGCACGUUCCUGUAUGUGGGCACUGUUGCCGUCAUCCCGGAACUGCUGGAGACUGGCCCGAACAAGAUGGCAGAGCUGCGCAAGACGGUCGUUCAGUUUGCUGCCAUUGCCGUCGGUGCUGGCAUCAUGCUGUACAUUUCGUGGCACGACUGA